UGCGAAGUCGGCUACCCUGUCAGAUUUCGUCUUUGUAUAAGAAGAAUAUAUAUGGGGAAGAUCGUGUCCAGAACGCAUUAACGCAGCAAUUCCUUCUUUUUAGCACCUUCCCAAACUAAAAAUAAAAGAAAAGCCGUACAUAGACUUUUCAUCUUUUCUUGGAUUACAGGUGCAACGGAAAACGAAUUAACAAAAAAAAUUAUUUGGAAUUUUUUUUUGUUAUUCACUAAAAGCAUUGAAAUUUGUCUUUUUGACAAUACCUACAUUCUCUCAUUGCGUUUGAUUGACUUUAAUUGAAACAAAAACACGCAUCCUUUAUUCUCCCUACUUUUUCAUUUAGUCCUGAAACAACAUCAUGACCAAGGAAGUUACCUCCAACAACUUUGCUGCCGUUCACAAGGCAAUUGAACAAAUUGUCUACACUCUUUCCGGCCGUAUUUUCUCGUAUGCUGAACAUGUCCCUCUUGACCGUUACCUGAAGCAGUGGUACGAAAGUGGUCAAAAGAAUGGCUUUGCUGAGCAAGUUGAGUUCCACGGUGUCGAGACUCGUUCGGGCGCUGCUGGUUUCCUUUUGGGUUCGUACACCAGCGCUGUGUCAUCUUCCGGUGUGUACUCAUUGUUGACGGCCUCUUCUUGUUUGCCUCUGUUGCGUCCCAUGCUGUCGUACACUCACCGUUUGUACUCGGGAAGCAAACCUCUCGUGUUGCACGUCGCCGCACUUUCUUACGAGGCCAACGAGUUCCACGUCGACAACGCCUCGCUCCUUGACUUUGCUUACACGAGUGACUUUGCUACUAUCAGCUCUUUCGCCCUUGAGGACGCUGCCCACAUUUCAUUAGCCAGUACUUUGGCUGCUAAGGCUGGUCCCGUGGUCCAUGCUUACGAAUACGAUACACUCACCACGACGUUCGUUCCCAACGAGGCUUCUGUGAGUGCCUCCAAGACGGUCGAGUGCUUCCAUUCGUUCGUCCCUGCUGAGGGCGUUACCGCCAACGCCAUUGCUGCUUUGGAACACGUGAACAAGCACUUUGGCACCAAGUACGCUCCUGUCGAGUACUACGGCCCUGCCACUGCUACCCAGGUGAUUGUCGCCUUUGGUAGCAAAGAGCUCCAAAAAGCCCGUGCUCUUGCCUCUCGCACUUCCAACGUUGGUGUCGCCGCCAUCCGUGUUUUCCCUGUUAUUGAAGAAUCAUUUGCACGUGUGAUUCCCAAGACCUGCAAAAAGCUUGUGGUCGCUUCUCAAACCAAACUCACAGCCCUCGACACGCACUCGACGUUCUUCUCCGUCGUGUUUGCCACUGCUGCCUCUGCUUUGCCCAAAGUGCAGGUAGUCGAAGCUCGCUACUCUGACGUCGACGGCAUCAGUGAAUCUGUGUUGGCUGCCGAACUUGAUCUUUCUAGCGAGCUCAGUGCUGUUUCCGCUUCCUCGCUUGUUGAGACCACUUUCCGCAUCUGGGAGGAGGACUCUGUGGAGUCUUUGGCCAACGCUCUUGCCUUGGUUCAUGCCUCUCGCGAUGUCGAGCAAAACGUCGUUUACCGCACCCUUUACGACAACCAAUUAUUCCUCGGUCUCCGUGUGUCAAACGUGCAAGUCUCCAAGUCUUCCGCAAAGCUGCCAGGCUUGACGGACGAAGAGCCCAAGGCCGAUGUAACUAUUCUUACCUCCGAAAAAAUUGCCAAUCACGUCCGCGUCCUCGCCAAUGUGGCCGAUCGCUCCUUGUGCAUUGUCUACACCGCCGUCAACCCCGCCGAUGCCGCAAAGAAGCUCCCUGCUGUGUUUGUGAAGGAUGUUGUCGAAAAGGACAUUCGCCUCGUGUUCGCAAACCCCAACGAGCAGACUCACGCACUGAACCUGGUCUUGUUGGCUGCUUACUUUGUUCAGUUGAAAAGGAACGGUGCCGACAGCACGAGUGUGCCCUCUCUGAAGAAGAACUUUGCAACUCUUGGUUGGGAUGCCGAUGAGUUUGAUGCCGUUGUGAAGGAUCUUGAGGGCCAGGCAGAACCUGUCAAGUUAAAUCCCGACGUUCUCAAGGAGCUGCAGUUGCCCGAGGACGAGCUCCCCACGUCUGCGAAGGAGAACUCGUUCGAGGCCAACACGGUAAAGGAAUUAGAGGAGGAAGUCCUGCCCCAGUCUGGCAACUUGAACACCGUGGCCAAGCAAUUGAUUUUCAAGGAGGCCUACGGACAACAAGAACUGCCUCGCCCCAAUGCCCCGGCCAAGAUCUGUACUGUGCGUGUGAAGUCGAACAAGCGUCUGACGCCCAGAGACUACAACCGUAACAUUUUCCACAUCGAGUUUGACAUUGGCGAGUCUGGCUUGACAUACGACAUCGGUGAGGCUUUGGGUGUGUAUGGUGUGAACAACAAGGCCAACGUGGAAAAGUUCAUUGCAGACUACGGCUUGAAGGCCAACGAAGUCAUCUAUGUUCCUUCCCUGACUCACCCCGGAAACUGGGAAAGCAACACUGUUUUCCAAGCCCUGUCUCACACUCUCGACAUCUUCGGUAAGCCCACGAAGCAGUUCUACCAAACAAUGGCAGAAUACGCUGCAGACCCGAAGGAGAAGCGCCAACUCGAGGUGCUUAUCAGCCCUGCCGGUGCUGCCGACUUGCAGCGCCGUUCCGAGGUGGACAUGCUUACGUAUGCCGACUUGUUGCUUGAGUUCAAGAGCGCCAAGAUGACGGCUGUCGACCUGGCCCGCCAUGUCCCUGUGCUGAAACGUCGCGAGUACUCCAUCUCGUCGAGUCAGCGCAAGCACAAGGACGCCAUCCAUUUGCUGGUUGUCGUUGUUGGAUGGACGGAUCCUAUGGGUCGCGACCGCUACGGUCAAUGCUCGCACUACUUGUCGCAGCUGCAAAUCGGCGACACCGUUUGCGUGGCCGUCAAGCCUUCCGUGAUGAAGUUGCCCGACUCGCCCAAGAAGCCCAUUGUCAUGGCCGGUCUCGGUACCGGUCUCGCUCCCUUCCGUGCCUUCUUGCAGUACAAGGAGUGGCAGUGGUCUCAGGGCAUUGCGUCUGGCGAUGUCAUUCUCUACCUCGGUUCUCGUACGCAGCGCGAGGAGUAUCUGUACGGUGAAGACUGGGAGGCCUACCAUGCCGCUGGCUUGUUGACGCACAUCGGCCAGGCUUUCAGUCGUGACCAACCGUACAAGAUCUACAUCCAAGAUGUGAUGCGUUCCACGAAGGCCUUGCUGAAGAAGGCUCUUAUUGACGAAGGCGGCUCCUUCUACCUCUGUGGUCCUACCUGGCCUCUUCCCGAGAUCACCAGCGUGCUGGAAGAGGUGAUCCAAAGCUCCAGCUCCGAGCCCGUUGACACUCGCAAGGUCAUUGAGCAAUGGAAGGAGGACCGUCGUUUUGUCAUCGAGGUGUAUUAGGCGUCGCGCAUCGCAGGAAAGGCGGCCGCCAAGCAAUUCACCUCGCUGCAUGCCGUGCACGAUGCAGUGCGCGCCUACAGCUGUGCAGUACCAUCACGCUGCUCCUCUGUUCCAGUGCUUCCCCAUGCUGCUGCUUUCGUUAGUUGUACCCCACAUACCCCCGUAAUAGAAUACGUACCCCCCCAA